AUGGCCAGGAGCCGGCCUGCGUCCCGUUGGACGCUAUUGUUCUCCUUGGUGGUCCUGCUUGGGUGCAUGGUCAUUCCCGGAUGGACGGUGAAACACGAAAACUUCAAGACAUGCGCCCAGUCUGGGUUCUGUCGACGAAACCGAGACUUCGCCGACAAUGCCUCCGCAAAGGGCGAGGCAUGGAGCUCCCCCUAUGAACUUGACCCAGCCACUGUGCACUUCAAGGACGGUCACCUCACAGGCGUACUCAUCAAGACAACAGCGAACGAGAAAGUCCUGCUACCUCUCACUGUGUCCUUUCUGGAAUCCGGGGCCGCUCGCGUGGUGGUCGAUGAAGAGAAGCGGUUGAAGGGCGACAUUGAACUGCGGCAUGACAGCAAAGCCAAUAAGAAGCGAUAUGACGAAGCCGAGAAAUGGGUUAUCGUGGGUGGCUUGGAAGUCAGCAAGUCCGCCACAUUGAAUGCUCAGGCUGAGACUGGCUUCACUCAAGUCCUGUACGGACCGGGUGACAAAUUCCAGGCUGUCAUCCGCCAUGCCCCGUUUGGGGUCGACUUCCAAAGGGACGGCCAGACGCAUGUUCAGUUGAACCACCAGGGUCUAUUGAACCUCGAACACUGGCGACCCAAAGUCGAUCGCCCAGAGGGAGAAGAAGCUGGCGAAGAUGAAAGCACUUGGUGGGAGGAGACCUUCGGAGGAAACACUGACUCGAAACCCCGUGGCCCAGAAAGCGUUGGCCUUGAUAUCACUUUCCCUGGUUACGAUCAUGUUUUCGGGAUCCCGGAGCAUGCAGACUCGCUUUCCCUGAAAGAAACUCGGGGUGGGUCCGGCAACCACAAGGAGCCGUAUCGGAUGUACAACUCGGAUGUCUUCGAAUACGAACUCAACAGUCCUAUGACCUUGUACGGAGCGAUUCCGUUCAUGCAGGCCCACCGCAAGAGCUCCACUGUCGGUGUGUUCUGGCUCAAUGCAGCGGAAACUUGGGUCGAUAUUGUCAAGUCGACCACAUCUCCCAACCCGCUGUCCCUGGGGGCCAGCUCGAAGACGAAUACGCAAACCCACUGGUUUUCCGAAGCGGGCCGAAUCGACCUCUUCGUCUUCCUUGGACCUUCACCCAAGGAGAUCAGCAAAACGUACGGUGAACUCACGGGAUACACCCAACUGCCCCAGCAUUUCGCGAUUGGAUACCACCAAUGCCGCUGGAACUAUGUCACCGACGAGGAUGUGAAAGAGGUGGACGCCAAGUUCGACAAAUAUCAGAUUCCCUACGAUGUGAUCUGGCUCGAUCUCGAGUAUACAGACGACCGGAAGUACUUCACUUGGGAACCUCUCACCUUUCCCAACCCCACAGGCAUGCAAGAAAAGCUGGACGAGUCCGAGCGAAAGCUCGUGGUCCUCAUUGAUCCGCACAUCAAGAAAGAGGAGGGUUACUUCGUCCAAGAAGAGCUGAACAAGAAGAAUUUCGCAGUCCGAAACAAAGACGGUGAUGUCUACGAGGGAUGGUGCUGGCCAGGUGCGUCAAAUUGGGUCGACUGCUUUAACCCAGCUGUGAUAUCCUGGUGGAACAGCCUUCACAAAUAUGACCGUUUCAAGGGCUCGCUUUCGAACUUGUUCAUUUGGAAUGAUAUGAACGAGCCUUCCGUCUUCAACGGGCCGGAAACCACCAUGCCCAAGGAUAACAUGCAUUAUGGUGAUUGGGAGCACCGCGAUAUCCAUAAUGUGAACGGGAUCACACUCGUGAAUGCCACAUACCAAGCCUUGUUGGAGCGCAAGAAGGGUGAAGUGCGUCGGCCAUUCAUUCUGACGCGCUCGUACUACGCCGGAGCCCAGCGGAUGGCGGCUAUGUGGACAGGAGACAACCAAGCUACCUGGGGGCACCUGGCAGCUUCUCUGCCCAUGGUCCUGAACAAUGGGAUUUCAGGAUUUCCUUUUGCUGGUGCUGACGUGGGCGGCUUCUUCCACAACCCAGAUAAGGAUCUCUUGACGCGGUGGUACCAGGCGGGUAUCUGGUACCCCUUCUUCCGCGCCCACGCUCACAUCGACACCCGGCGCCGCGAGCCAUAUCUGAUCAGUGAGCCCCACCGCACCAUCAUUUCUCAGGCAAUCCGCUUGAGAUAUCAGCUCUUGCCCGCGUGGUACACGGCUUUCCACGAGGCCUCGGUCAAUGGCAUACCAAUCGUGCGCCCCCAGUACUAUGUCUAUCCGGAUGACGAGGAAGGCUUUGCUAUCGAUGAUCAGCUGUACCUCGGUGCUACUGGCCUUCUGGCGAAGCCUGUGGUGGCCGAGAAUGCCAACACUGCCGACAUCUACAUUUCUGACGACGAAAAGUACUACGACUAUUUCGAUUUCACAGUCUACCAGGGAGCAGGCAAGCGACACACCGUCCCCGCCCCUCAAGAAAAGGUGCCUCUGUUGAUCCAAGGUGGUCACAUCAUUCCUCGCAAAGACCGCCCUCGUCGCAGCAGCGGUCUCAUGAGAUGGGACCCCUACACCUUGGUGGUGACUCUGGACAAGAAUGGCGAGGCAGACGGGAGCUUGUACGUGGAUGAUGGUGAGACCUUCAACUACGAGCGCGGUGGCUACAUUCACCGUCGUUUCCACUUCCGUGAAUCGGUGCUGUCCUCGGAAGACCUUGGAGCGAAGGGUCCCAAGACGGCCGAAUACCUCAAGACCAUGGACGGCGUGACGGUGGAGCGGGUUGUAAUCGUGGAUCCGCCCAAGGAAUGGAGAGAGAAGAGCAGCGUGACGGUGGUCGAAGAUGGGGCCAAGACAAGCUCCGCUGCUCCCCUGGAGUACUACAAGCAGCAGGGCAAGAAGGCAUCUUACGCGGUGGUGAAGAAGCCGAAUGUCGGGAUUGGAAAGACGUGGCGGAUAGAGUUCUGA